AUGAAUUUGCAACAUCCCGCACUGUUGAUAGUGCUUAUUGCUUUGACAUGUUGUUGCGUGAUUUGUACGACAGUGGAAAGAAUACAAAAUCCAGCAUACUUUGAUGGAUCAUACGGUAAAGUAAGGAAGGGGUGGAGAGCGAAAUAUAGAGGACAUUGGAAAAGAUUGAUUGAUCAAUCAGGUAUGAAAGAAGGAGAAAUUGACGUUGUUCGGCUAUCGACAAAUCGAGCUUCGAAAAUGAUGACAUCCAAUAACACACCUUAUGAUAUAUCUGAUCAGGUUAGUAAAUUAGGUCUGAAAUCGGAUGAUAUGAGUAAAACUUUGAGUGUGGAGGAUGUACGACAGCUAUUAUUUGAACCGAUUCGGAGUAAGGAAGCGGACGGCAUCGUACAACCGCAUAAAUUGUCGACUCCCAAACAUUGGCACCGUCAAAUACGACAAUAUGAAGAAGGACGCAAGAAUAUUUUGGCAGUAAGCAAACCUAAAGAGCGGUAUCCGUUUGAAAAAGGGCAGAAAUUUGGUCCAUCGAAGUGCUCGGGACAAAAAGACGGUAUAUAUGAGGCUGGACCGUGUGAACGCUGGCACUUAUUAUGUCGUAAUGGAAAGGCGAAAAAGAUUUUCUGUGCAAACGGUUUGUAUUGGAAUGGUGAUAAAAAUCAAUGUGAGCCAAAGAUUAAUAUUGUCUAUUGUCAGCUAAAGUUUGACUGUACUGGGAUGGAUGACGGUAUUUACGUUGAUGGUUGUUCAAAUGUAUUCUGGUUUUGUAACAGUGAGACGGCAUUUCUUUCCAAAUGUCCAAGGGAUUUAUACUUUAAUAUCAAUAAGCUAAGAUGUGAUCUUAAAGAAAUGAUACCAGCAUGUGGAGGGAUCGAUCGGGAUGAAAUGAAGCUUGUUAAUUCUCAGGAAAAAUUUUCUAGAAAGUCAAGAGAGGAAUGGAAGGAGCAAGUAACUCACAAGUUGUUAGAAUCUGUGCGGAAAGAAGGCAUUUGUGAAGAACGAAAAGAUGGGAAAUAUGCUAUUGCUAAAUGUUAUGAAAAAUUUCUUUUUUGUGUCGAAGGAAAGAGUUUGAUUGUUAACUGCCACAGCGGUCAGUUGUAUUCUUCUGAACAUCAGCAAUGUAUAGAUGCCAGAAAUUUGCCGUUUUGUCGAGAUUUUGCAGAUUUGGAGACAAGCACAGCUUCAAGAUAUUCUGUUUCGUGUUCUUCCCUUCCCGAUGGUACCUAUGAAUUGGGAGAUUGUGAAAGAAGCUUUUCAAUCUGUCGUAAUGGAGUGAGAAGCAAUGCUUCCUGUGGACGAGGUCUUGUGUAUAAUGCGCAAACAGGACACUGUGACUAUGCAUCCAACGUUAAAAAGUGUCCACAAAUUAAAAAAGAACAUGAACCAGAAUUAGCACACAUAGGUACAGGAAGCAUCCAUAAAACGAUGGUGCCUUAUCGGAAGCAAAAUGUUUGUCAAAAGUGGGAAAAUGGUAUGUACGCCAUCGCAAAAUGUUAUGGAAAAUACUUAUUUUGCAUCGAUGGAAGAGGUCUUGUUGUUGUUUGCAGCGAUGGACAGUUGUUUUCUUCUGAACAUCAGCAGUGCAUGGAUAUUGGAAAGUUACCUUCAUGUGCUGAUUUUGAGAAUUCGGAUACAACCGUCAUUGCUGAAUAUUCUGAUCAGUGUUCUUCGCUUUCCGAUGGUGUCUAUGAACUAGGUGAUUGUGAACGGAAUUUUUUAAUUUGUUUUAAUGGAGAGGGAAGCAUUGCUUCAUGUGAACCAAAUUUUGUAUACAAUGGGCAAACCGGGCAUUGUGAAUACAAGUCUAAAGUUGAAAAGUGCUUGAGAUACAGAAAAAACAAACAAAGACGAGACAAAUCAGCUUUGUCACAUAAAGAACCAGAUUGUCGUUGUAAGGGACAAAAAGAUGGUCUAUAUGCAAUAGGAUGUACAAAGAAAUUCUAUUCGUGCUCAAAUGGUAUUUCAACUGGUCAUAAAUGUCCAACUGAUUUAGUUUUCAAUGUUGAUAGUGGUUUUUGCGAUUAUCCAAUGAAUGUUGUUGCAUGUGGUGGACAAGGACUGAUGAUAAAUGAUGAAGUUGAUAUUGAUGAAGAAAGAACUGCUUCUAACUUAAUUUCUGGAUGCUCAAUUUUGGAAGAUGGCAUUUACGGUUUAUCACCUUGUGGUUCUGGAUAUUAUCGUUGCUGGCGUGGUGCAACAUCCUUUGCAAGAUGUGCAUUUGAUUUGGUGUUUAAUCCUUCCUUGAAUAGAUGUGAUUUCAGGGAGAAUGUUGCAGGGUGUCUACAAUACAACAAGACAUCAAAUAAGAUUAAAAAACCGAUCUAUGGGAUUACAAUUAAACCUGUAGAAGGUAGUACAUCGAAAUGUGAAAAGCUAAGCGAUGGUUUUUAUGUGGAAGGUUGUAAUAGAAUCUAUUAUAUCUGCGCAAAUGGCAAAACAUUUUAUAUGAAUUGUCCAUGGAAUCUCACUUUCAAUUAUCGCAGUGGUACUUGCGAUGAGCGAAGUAUUGUCGAAGCUUGCAGAGAUACUUCAAGUGAAAAAAUGCACCCAUCAUUAUUUGGCACAAUUGCGCCACUGAUGCCAAGUUGUACUACUCUUCCAAAUGGCCCUUAUCAAUUUGGUCUUUGCUUAGCGGAUUAUAUUUUAUGUCGAGAUGGUGUUAUUAGUUUGGCCAGUUGUCCUGAUCCAAUGGUUUUUAAUCCAGACAACUCACGAUGUGCUUUGAGAUCUGAUGUUGUGGCAUGCGGAAUAGUUAAUCACUCGACUAGAAAUAAAUUGGAUAUCUAUUGUGUUGCUCGACAAGAUGGAAUAUUUUCAUACAACUGUUCGCAAAAUUUUUACAUCUGCGCAAAAGGAAAGAUCUAUCUCUUCGCAUGUCCUUAUGGGAUGGUUUACGACAGUAAAUUUCGUCGAUGUGGAAAUUCCGCUGAAGUUCAGUCUUGUAUUCAAACUGAGUCAUUAGUAUCUCUAUUACCACGGGAACCAAUGAAUAAUUCAUUUGGUAUGAUAGUGAAAGACAAUGAUAAAUUUUGCGACGGUCGUCCUGAUGCGAAUUAUGCAGCCGGAUUAUGUUCAACGAUUUUUUUUUCAUGUGUUCAUAUGAGAAAAGUGUUAAUGUCAUGUCCUGAAAAGCUCGUGUAUGAUGAAUCAACUAAUCGGUGUGAAGAACCAAAAAAUGUCGCAGAAUGUCGAAAUAGUUCUGUAAUACCUAAAAACAUCUCAUCGGAUGAACAAGAUAUAGAGGAACGACUGAUAUCUUCCACGAUUACACCUCUCUGUCUGGGGCGAAAGGAUAACAUUUAUCCACUGGAUUUUUGUUUGCAAAGUUAUUUGCAAUGUUACAAUCAGAAAGGAAUAAUAAAACACUGUCCAGAUAACAUGCUAUUUGAUGGAAAUGUUGCUGCUUGUGUUCCAAAAGCGACUUGCAAUCGAAUAAUAACAUCAUCGAAUGAGAAACACGAAAAUGCAGGAAAUGAUGAUAGUAGAAUUAAGAUAUUAACUGAAACAGCACUGCCACGAUGUUAUGAAAUGGCGGAUGGUGACUAUUCGGCAGGUUGUGUACCGGACUUCAUAACAUGCAUUGGUGGUUCUGAAAUCCAUAAGAAAUGUCCGAAUUCAAUGGUAUUUUCGAAUAUUUUACGUGGAUGCGUGUCUUACGAAAAGUGCGCAUUUUUGAUGUAUCGAGUAUUAGCUUCGUUUCAUCCAUCGCAUAGAGUAGGCACUCAUAAAGAAUUGGAGAAAGACGGAAGCGCUAUGAACACACCAUCAGUUUCUGAUCCUGAAUUAUCGGUGCCGGAAGCUAAUACUUUAGUUUCUGGUGCAGAUGUAAACUAUUGUGAAUAUGCUCGAGUACAGUGUACCAAUGAACUUGCUACUAAUGGACAGAUGGAUCAGAUGCCAAUCGAGAAACAACCAGAAACAGUAGUAGAGUCGCAGUUUCAAGAAGAGAAUGGGGAUCUCUUAUGUGUGCCAGAAGUAUCCGGAAGCCGAAUAGAUUCAGUAAGAUGUGAUAACUUGGACGAUGGCUUAUAUGCAUUGGAUUGUUCAGAUAAAGUUGCUAUUUGUAGCGCUGGUUGGAAAAGAAUUUAUGGAUGUCCACAGGGACAGUUCUUUAUUCCUGCACUUGGAAAAUGUGAUGAAAGUUGGAAAUGCAUAGAUACCAAUCCUUGUGGAACAGGAUUUAUUGGGGUAGUUUAUCUAGGAAAAGUUGAGUCAAUUAAACCAUCCUUUUCGUCUUCGUCAGUUGGUGAUCUUUCGUGCGUAAAUAGAGAUGAUGGAAAUUAUGGAAGACAGUGUUCUCCGAUAUUCGUCAAAUGCCUCCACAAAAUACCGAUUUUGAUGAGAUGCCAGACGGGACGACUUUUUGAUCAACGUUCUAGUCGUUGCAUACCAUUAGAUCGUUGUCCAAUGUUAUCCACUACUCUUGAUAUUGGCAAGGUUCGAUGCGUUGAAAAUGAACGUUUCGAAAUCGGCAUUUGCAAUGAUUACUAUUAUGCUUGUUCAAAUGGCAAGUUCGUUCUUUAUAAAUGUCCACCUGGUUAUACAUUUGAUGCUAUUCAUGGAGUUUGUAAUUCAAAAUGUAAUAAACCAGGAUGUAGUCCUGGCGAAAUUAGUUCUCUUGGACCUUGUAAGAAUACGUACUUGAAAUGCAAUGCAAAGCGAACUUUCGAAGUGGGAUAUUGCAUGGAGGAUAAACUUUUCGACUCAGCAUCACGUAUUUGCCGAUUUCGGUAUGAAAUUGCGGAAUGCGUUGGGAAUCCUAUGAAACAACUCGGAAUUAUUUCUGCUCCUGCGCUACAUCGUGUGCACGAUUCAUUUAGACAACCACUGCAAUUUAAUCCAUAUCUAACACUAAAUCGACAAAACAGAAAUCCAUAUAGAUUGAAAUUGAGGUCACCGUAUGCACAAUCUGCCAAAAUUGCACCUUAUCAAAAUCCAAACAUGUUAUCUGGUAUAUUGCGAGCUCCAUCAAGCAAUGUAUUUAUUCCGCAAAUGGCCCAAGAACAGCACAGUUCACAUGUUUUUAGAAAUUUACCUCGUCAGAUGAGAAAUGUUAAGGACACUUUUCGCGUUGUUCCAUUCCCACUCGGAAGCAUUCCGAACAUACAAAAUCUAGGAAUUAUUGAUCAGUUUCAACUGCCCAGUAAUUUUCCGACGUAUUCUUUUGUGGCUUCACGACCUUCACCUUCGUAUAAUUCACCAUCAACUUCAUCAUCGAAUCAUGGAACAACCAAUAGAAAUGGAGCAGUAGAUAGUGUAGAAGGUAGCGGUGAAGGGGACAAUGCAUCUGCGGUAACUGAUGGUGGGCGCGUGAAACGAGAUGCAUCAUUUGAGACAGAAUUUAUGGAAUUUGGGACAGGAUUAGAGAGAAAAUUAGAGACCGAUUCGGAUAUGGAAUUGGAGAAUGAUUAUUUCGAGAACGAACCUGAUCUCUGUCCUUCUAAAACAUAUUCGACCAAUCUUACGCUAGGUGUUUGUCGUCCGAGUUAUAUCUUUUGUAAUGUAAAGGAAAAUUCGGUUUAUGUAGCGGACUGCAAUGAUGGAAAGUUAUUUGAUAGUGGAUUAAAAGAAUGUUUACCUGCAGCAGACUGUAUAUUAAGAGCACUACAUGGCCAGAGCAAUGAUAAUGAAAGAACUCCAUGUGCUUUAUUGCCGGAUGGUGCAUAUUCUCUUCCGGGUUGUAGUCAGUAUUUUCUUUCCUGUUUAUCCAACAAAGCAAUAUUGAGGAGUUGCGCAAAUGGACUAUAUUAUGAUGGAAGCAAACAUCAAUGCGAUUAUAGAGAACGUGUAGCAAUUUGCAAUAGUGAAAAAAAAGCAAUUUAUGAACAAUCUUUGCUGGAUGUAAAAGAUUAUUCAAGUCAUGAAAACAUAGAUGAUAUAAAAAUAGCUUUAGCAAAUGCCAAUCACGAAGUACCUUCUACAUUACCAAACUUUACCUGCUCCAUUAAUAGUACCAUAUCCCUGGUAUGUUCACCAUCGUUUGUGAUAUGUGCUGGCGGUAUUGCAUACAUAUUCAACUGCGAUGGCGGUCUCGUUUUCGAUCAGAUAACGAGUUCAUGUAGCAGGAUAGAAGAUGCUUCAGAAUGUGAUGAACAGGGUAAUAGACAAAAAAUGUUUUCAGUGACUAACAGAUUCAGUUCCUCUUCGUCAUUAGCAGGAUUUGAUGAUUUACCCCAUACAUUGGUAAAUUUGACUAAUGUUUCAUAUGAUGUUUCUAGUUUUGAUUGCAUAAAUGUCCGUAAUGGAUUGUAUGCUUCUCAAUGCUCACCGCUCUUUUUCGUUUGUUCUGCUGAUCAUCUAACCGGAUUCGUAUGCCAGGAUGCAUUAGUUUUAAAUCUUGAAACAGGAUUUUGCGACCAGAAAGAAUAUGUUGCAUCUUGUAAAGGAACUGAUCUCGUUAAUAGCUCUUCCACUACAUUGUCCUCUAUCGCUGGAAAAGUGUCCUUGGAGUCAACCUCUAUCACUGCUCAACCAUCUUAUCAUUCAAUUCCACUCAAACGAUGGAAAUGCGAGGAUGGAUUCAUUGGUAUAAUGUCAAAAGGUUGUUCAAGAAAAUUUGUCCUCUGCGUCAACAGUAAUCAACAUUUAUUCUUUUGUCAGGAAGGCUUAGUGUAUAAUAUCAACACUAAUCGUUGUGAUCAUGCACAAAAUGUUGCUGCUUGUGGUGGUAAAACUGGAAUUCCAUUUAAAAAAAGAGCAUACGAAACAUCCCAUUCGGAAAAAGAUUUGAUUUCGACCAUUCAUGCUGUGGAUUUGAGAACAUCUAAUGCUUCAAAUCAAACGAUACAAGCGCUUUGCCGAAUCUCACGAGGUCAAAGUGCAGCAUACGGGCAUUGUCGGACAGAUUUUAUUUUUUGUCCACGAAGUGGAAAUGGAAGUCCUCAUAAAUCAUACUGCAUAAGUGACUACUUGUUUGAUGAAGAUGUUGGACGUUGUGUACCAGCUGAAGUUUGUGGAAUGGUUGGUGAUGCUAUUGCGGAAUCAGUGUCAUUAACAAAAGAAAAGUGUGAUGGUGUGGAAGAUGGCACUUCGAAAGGAAUUGGUCUAUGUUUAAGUGAAUAUUACGUAUGCAAGAAGGGUGUUCCAAUUCGGAGACGUUGUUUUAAACAUUUGGAGACAUUUUCUGCAACAGCUGGUGCAUGCAUGUCACUUUCUCUGAAUCCUGAAUGCCAACAGGGAUUGGUUACACUAACCGAUAGUAUAAAAAAAUUUAACGACACCGACGAUUUUUGUAUUCAUCGACCGAAUGGCUUUUAUCGGCAUCCUACAGACUGUGCAAGAAUCUUACAGUGUUUCGGCGAAGAGAUAUUUGAACACUUGCCAUGUGAUGAUGGACUUGUUUUCAACGAGAUAUCCGGUGGCUGUGAUUAUAAAAGCAAUGUGCCAGAGUGUGCUAUUACUUCUGAAAAAUCCGAAGAAGGUAACAGUUCGUUAGCAGCAGGUUCAAAUUGUGAAGGAAAAUCCCACGGUGAUCACUUGGCAGACGAAAAAGAUUGCUCUGUAUUUUAUCGAUGUGUGUGGGGCAAACUGGAAAAGUUUUUUUGCCCAGAGCAUACCGUUUUUAAUCCCGCACUUAGCGUAUGUGAUUUUCCAAGUGCGGUACCGUAUUGUAAAGUUACUAUGUAA